AUGAAGUCCCAUAUCUACAAUGAGAUACCAUCACUGUUGUUGUCAAAUAGCAAACGAUUCGAUACGAUGUACGCAAAGCUGACUGAUCCAGAGGAGCACAACUUCAUCUUUUACUACUCAUCUUUAAAGAAUCUGUUGCAAAACAAUGUCGAUGUCAACCUGCUCAGCGAGAUACACAAGCAGUACGGUCAUUACUUCAAAAUGGAUGGCACAGGAUGGAUGAUGGACGAGUGCGCUAAAUCAGGCUCGCUGGCUUGCAUCGUGUUCAUGCACAACUUACCGCAGUCCAAGUGCACUGAUGCAGCAAUGGACUACGCUGCGGCCGCUGGCCACCUCAACAUUGUGCAGUUCCUCAGCGAGCAUAGGACGGAGGGCUGCACGACACAUGCGAUCGACCUGGCCGCACUCAAUGGACAUGCACGUGUCGUGAGCUAUCUCAUCGAGUCGCGCACAGAGGGCUUCACGCCGAAUGGCCUGGUGAACGGAGCGCGCUCCGGUUCCAUGGAAAUACUCAAACAGAUGGGUGCGAACACGCGCACCCACCUCCGUCGCGGCAAGCUCGACGAUCUGAUGCUGGACAUGGUUGUGUACUCUGGCAGCCUGGAUAUUAUCAAGGAGUUCCUGAGCAUGUUCCCGGGCGUACGACGCACCAACACACCUAUCAAGAUCGCUGCUGAGGCAGGGUACUUGGAUAUCGUUCGAUAUCUUCACGAGAAUGGGUGGCCCGCCACAACAUCAGCCAUGGACUAUGCGGCUGGUGGCGGACACAUGGACGUACUGCGAUUCCUUCACGAUAACAGGACUGAAGGCUUCACUCAACAGGCCAUCGCCAAGGCCUCGGGACUGGGCUUCCUUGACGUGGUUCUCUACUUGCUCGAGCUCGACAACCAGCCUCCCAGUGGCUUGUGCUUUGAGAACGCCGCGCUGCAUGGACACCUCGUCGUGCUGCAUUACCUCAACACGUACACACCCCAAGUCAACGCCAACCUCAUUGGACGUGUGUUGCAGGCCAGCAGGAAUAACGCCGCCGAGGUCGUCAUGUUCUUGCACCAGAAUGGACUGUCGACGCUCGCACCCGAACAUCUGAUCCAGGCCAUUAGGCUUGGCUCGCUCCCUCUGGUGCGCUACAUCAUCAAUGCAUUCCCGUCCAGCUCUUGGGACCACCAACACCUCUACAACGUGGCCUAUAUCUACCACCAGAUCGACACGGCCGACCAUCUAGCCGAGCUGUUUGGCAUCUCACUGUGCUACAACCUUCAGACACUCAAUAGCGCGACCACCCGCUCAGACAUUGACGUGCUGAACGAGCAUCUGGAUCAUUGCCCGGAGCUAGUGGCCAAGCAUACCACCCAGAUCUGGGGCAUCGCGGUAGAGAACGACGACCCCGUGCCAAUCCAGUUCCUGAUCGACUCGAAACAGAACUUCCUCAUGGACUACAGGGCACUCUGUGGCAACGGCUGCAUCAGGGUGUUGCGACACCUGCUGUCCACGGGCCGCCUUAGAUAUGACAUGAGUACCUACCGUGCCAAGGCGUCCUUGCCAGAUGAGGCGGCAAGCAAAGGACGUCUUGAAGUAUUGCAGUUCUUGCUCUGGAAUGGUCUGUGCGAGUUCACGUCCACCGACAUAAUGGAUAGCGCGGCCAAGGGCAAUCAUUAUGAGGUGGUGCAGUUCCUGCAUCGAUACAGCAAGGCCGGAUGCACAGUGGCCGCCAUGAACUGGACGACAUCACUGGAGAUACUGCACUUCCUUCGGGAUCAUCGCACUGAAGGCAUCAGUGCAGACGCGUUCCGUCACGAUCACCUUCGCUACAGAUCCAACUCAACCACACGGUUUGGAGUGCUCUCAUUCCUCGUCCAGCACUAUCCAGACCUUGCACGACAAGCCAUGGAAGACAAGAACUGCAGCAUUGAAGUGAGCAACCAGAUCAAGUUGAUGUUGCCUCGAAAGUAG